CCCAACAAGCUGAAACUACCCUCUGGUGAAAUGGGUCUCCCUUGGAUUGGAGAAACAAUCGAGUUUUACAAUGCUCAACGUACCAAUCAACUGUUUGAGAACUUCUUCCGACCCAGAAUCGCCAAGUAUGGAAAAGUCUUCAAAACAAGGCUGAUGGGAUCACCAACAGUGGUGGUACAUGGACCUGCAGCGAAUAAGUUCUUCAUGUCCAAUGAGUUUAAAUUGGUGGUAAGCUCAUGGCCAACUUCAUCUGUCGAGUUGAUGGGAAAGAACUCCAUCAUGGAGAAACAAGGAGACUCCCACCGCUGCCUUCGUGGAAUCGUCACCUCCACCCUCAGCCAUUCCGGCCUUCAGGCUAUGGUGCCMAGAAUGUGCACCUCCAUUCAGMAACACCUGCAGAAAAACUGGCAAAACAAAGAAGAAAUCAGUCUAUAUCGAUCCACAAAAAUGCUUACUUUCACAAUUGUUCUUGAAUGCUUGUUUGGAAUYGGGAUCGAACCAGAGACAAUGUUUGGUGUUUUCGAGCGUAUCUUGGAAGGUGUUUUAUCUCCUCCCGUGAACUUCCCAGGGACUAAAUUCUCAAGGGCCAAGAAAGCAAGAGCUGAGAUCGAAAAGGUGUUGGUUGGGGAGGUGAGAAGGAAGAGGGAGGCGAUGGAAGGUGGGAGAGAUGAAGAAGACGGAAUGCUACUCUCUAAGUUGGUGGGUGCGUUGAUAAGGGGCGAGAUUACUGAAGAGGAGGUUGUUGAUAACAUCGUUUUGUUGGUGUUUGCAGCUCACGAUACCACAUCUUACGCCAUUACAAUGACGUUUAAAAUGCUAGCAAAUCACCCAGAUUGUUAUUCUCUUCUACUAAAAGAACAUGAAAAGAUUGGUGGUAAGAAAAGACCAGGUGAAGUUUUGACGUUUGAAGAUGUGAAGAAAAUGGAGUACACAUGGCAAGUAGCUCGUGAAACAAUGCGACUAUGCCCACCCAUCUUCGGCUCCUUCAGGAAAGCGAUAACCGACAUAGAAUUCGAAGGAUGUUUUAUCCCAAAAGGGUGGAAGGUGGUAUGGACAACAUACGGAACACAUUACGAUGAAGAAUGUUUUCCAGAUCCAAUGAGUUUUAAUCCAAGUAGAUUUGCAGAUCCAGUUGCAGCUUACUCAUUUAUACCAUUUGGUGGAGGGCCAAGGCUGUGUGCAGGUUACCAAUUGGCAAAGCUGAACAUUCUUGUGCUGAUCCAUUAUGUUGUAACACAAUAUAAUUGGUCAGUGGUGUACCCUGAUGAGCCAAUAUUCAUGGAUCCACUCCCCUUCCCUUCUAAAGGGAUGCCAAUUAAAAUAUCACCCAAGUCUCAUAAUUACUAG